CAUGCGCGGUGACUUGUCGCCGCGUCGUCGCUCGCCAAUCUCAUCCAGCAGCAUCGAUCCGGCCGAGUGCGUGAUCGUGAUCGUACGUCGCUGCGCGGACAGGGACCCAAGCCACUCGGGAGAAGCAAAUCACAAUGCCUUUGCCGCCUGUCGGCAUCCCGAAGGGCGAGUUGGCGAAUACACCGCUGUCCCGCACUCGCUUCUCCUCGUCACUUUCUCACCAGACGUCGUUCGAGUAUAAGGUGCUGGACGCCUCCAGACCCAAGCAUGUGCCCCGCGCAACCUCUUCGACAUGCUCUUCCCUCCAGACUCGUAACUCACGAAGCGCAGCCUCGCAGACGCAGAGCAAGCUCGAGUCUCUGCCCGUCGAGAUUGUCAACCAGAUCCUGUCCUGCUUCACCCACCCGCGCUCUCGCCUGCCGGGCCUCACUGAAACGCAAAGUGCACAUGACUUUCCCAGACAGACAAAAUCAGAGGUCAAGAGCAAGGAGGAUCUCACGCAGCCGCCAGACACUGACCGUUGGGCUGCCGACUUGUUCUCAUGGCACUUGCUCUCCCACCCUUUCCAUACGCUCUCAAUGACGUCGAAGCGCUGCAAUGAAUUGGUCGAGAGCUACUGUUCGCAUUUGGUGCGAUCUUGCAAUGGCACCAUGUUCAACUUGGCCUUUGCCCAACUCGACAAGUACGGCUCCAAGUGCGUGUACCCCGAUCUGAGCGGCAUAGUAUACAGGCGGCUGUGGCUCCAGCAUGCGCCCAGACGAUGCAUAUAUUGCUCUGCCGUGCUAGAUUGUUAUCCCUUUCGCUUGGUCAAGCGCGUGAUAGCAGCCUGCGAAGACUGCUUCUAUCGGCAAACACUGACUGUCGAUGAAGUCGAACGCCAAUACCACAUCUCGGCUGCUGCCAUCCGCGCGUCACCACAUAUCCGAAGCAAGCCUGGCUCCGUCUGGGUACUACGCAUUGACGUCGAGUCUCUGGCCCUGCAACUCUACGGCACACGAGCAUUUCACAGCGCUCAUGUAGAGCAAAUGGGCAAACCGUGCUCUAUCUGCGCCAUCACUAGAUUCCUCCCUACCCAGAACCAACUCUCCAAGCCAAAACCGAGCCAGAAAGUUCGACCACUUGCUAGUCUGAAGCGGAAAGCAAUAAAACGGUCGACGCGAUGAUGAUGAUGUAUUUCGGAAUAACUGUUUGUUUCUCUUGCUGGCCUUUGUAGAUGUGACCACGGUCAAAAGCAAGUUUCUCUCUUUUCGCAUAUGGCAUCACAAGCUUUAGAACUUGAUCUGAUGCUAAUCCAAAUCUUAUCAUUUUAUCCUUUUAUUCUCAGUCCAUGUAGAUGAAGAAGUGAUCCACUCUUCGCGGUUUCCUUUAACUUGGGACGAAGCAGGCUUCUAAAGCGCAAUGGCGGAUAUUGGCGAGGCACAUUCAUUUCAUGAGGGACAAUUAUACGAGAAGCAUAUCUAGACUGGACGAGGAACGAAUCAUGUAGACAUGAAGCACAGGUCUUAAACACGCUUUACACAUCCAUGCAAACUCCACGCAAGAAGGCCUAAGCAGAAGAAGGACAUUCGAGCUAAACCAAUAUCCUCGAGCGUAAAUAUAC